UUCAUUUGCAAAGACGCGCCAUGUUAGAGCGAAUUCAGUUAAGUGCACAAACAUUAUUUGUAUCUUAAUAAAUUCUUUUCCUUUUACUUUUAAUAUUAUUUUAAGAAUUAAAAUAGUUUAAAAAACUAAAUUAUUAAUUAUCAAAGUUUAAGUAUCAAAAAGCGUUUAAAGAAAAUUGCAUUCCAUUUUGAUUGUGUGUGUGCGUAGUAAAACAAGGUUAAUAAAUUAAAAACACAAGGUUCCGCAUUUAACAAAAAUUACACAUCAACAUGGUACCAAUUGGUCCUGUGCACGGUCACCCAGGCGUCCACCCACCCCAACAAAUUCAAAGUACUCCCUCGGGACCAAAUCAAUUACAAUCUUCGUCUAAUAGCCAAUCAAAUAAAUCUUCCAAUGCAGUGAAGCCAAACUACACACUUAAAUUCACUCUAGCUGGUCAUACAAAAGCAGUCUCCGCAGUAAAAUUCAGUCCUAAUGGUGAAUGGCUCGCCAGUUCAUCCGCUGACAAACUGAUAAAAAUCUGGGGCGCAUAUGACGGAAAAUUUGAGAAAACAAUCGCUGGCCAUAAGUUAGGAAUAAGUGAUGUGGCAUGGUCAUCGGAUAGUCGGUUGCUUGUAAGUGGCAGCGACGACAAGACUCUUAAAAUCUGGGAACUCAGCUCUGGUAAAUGUCUGAAGACACUCAAAGGACACAGCAACUAUGUGUUCUGUUGUAACUUCAAUCCGCAAAGCAAUUUGAUUGUCUCGGGAAGUUUUGACGAGAGUGUUCGUAUUUGGGACGUCCGCACUGGCAAGUGUCUGAAAACGCUACCAGCCCACUCGGAUCCUGUUUCGGCAGUACAUUUUAAUCGCGAUGGAUCAUUGAUUGUGAGCUCCAGUUAUGAUGGGCUAUGCCGCAUUUGGGACACUGCCAGUGGUCAAUGUUUGAAAACAUUAAUUGACGAUGACAACCCACCAGUGAGCUUUGUUAAGUUCUCGCCGAAUGGAAAGUACAUUCUCGCUGCUACGCUUGAUAACACCUUAAAACUGUGGGACUAUUCCAAAGGAAAGUGCUUGAAGACAUACACUGGGCACAAGAAUGAAAAAUAUUGCAUAUUUGCAAAUUUCUCAGUUACAGGUGGAAAGUGGAUUGUAUCAGGAAGUGAGGAUAACAUGGUUUACAUAUGGAAUUUGCAAAGCAAAGAAGUCGUUCAGAAACUACAAGGCCAUACAGAUACAGUUCUUUGCACAGCAUGUCACCCAACUGAAAAUAUAAUCGCGUCGGCAGCGUUGGAAAAUGAUAAAACCAUAAAGCUUUGGAAAAGUGACACAUAAAUUUGAAGUUAACUAAUUGUUGGGAAACAAUUUUUUUUGCUAUUAAAUAAAAAGAAAAGAACUAAAGUCUAGAAUGUAAAUAACUAAAACUUUACACACUUGUUUCUUUUUAAUAUUUUUCAACCUAGAAAGUUGUGUUUUAUUUUCUUCAAAUAAAAUAAAAUAAAAUAUUCUUGACAUUCAAA